AUGGAGGACAGCAACGAAAAGACGCCAUCUGACACGGUUAGAUGUAGCCGGAACCGAUGCAAUUGCUUCACCGGAAAUUGCAGCGAUAACUCUGACGAUGAAUUCGACUGUUUCGGUGAUUCAUCCUCUAAAUUUAUUUCUUCUAGUGAAGCAAUGGAAAUUCUGAAGGUAUUAGUGAUUAUAAUUGCAUUUGAUCAAUUUUUGAUUUAUAUUGAGCGGAGUUUGGUCCCGUGUUCAAGUGUUUCUGAGAGAAAUUUACUAGCCGACACUGCGAGAAUCGUCGAUAAGAACAAGAUCUGUAAGCGUAAAGACGAUUUUUGCAGGAACAUUGUUAUUGAAGGAUUAAUAAGUCUUGGGUACAACGCUUUUAUCUACAUAUCUAGCUGGGAAAAAUCUCCGUUUGCUGAUGGUUGACCAAUGGUUAACUUAUGGUUAACCAAUAAUUUUAGAUUUAAAAAAAGACGAUAUAGGUUUAUUUCUGACGGUGGCAGUUGCGGUGGUAAAGGCGGAGGUAUUUGUAAUAGAAUUUUCAACUAGUUUAAUAGAAAUUGAGGUUUAAAUUUGUAAUAGUUUGUUAUUGGUUAACCAAUGGUGUACUAAU